GUAACCACACGCUGCAACCCUGCGCUGUGUCUAUCUCAGUCAAUAUGUUACUACUAGUAGUAGCCAGUUACUACCUGCCUACCUAAUUAUCCAGUCACUGCAUAGUACUAACCUAGGUAUCUACAUUCCAGCCAUUAUCCAAGAUAUGGAACAAAUACAUCUUGGCCAUAUCUCUACAACCGGCGACUCCUCCUUCCAUCCGUCUUCAGCAUCGUAUACAAGAAUUUUCGGUCCCCUCACUUUUAAUAGCGAUGGCACAUUCCAAAUAUCGAUAUUUGAGGACCUGCACUUCGGAGAAAAUGCUUGGGAUCAGUGGGGUCCGCAGCAAGAUAUCAACUCUGUCAAGGUCAUAAAUGAAAUACUUGACGCGGAGUCACCAGAGUUAGUUGUCCUGAACGGGGACUUGAUUACGGGCGAGAACACGUUUCUGGAGAACAGCACUCUGUACGUUGACCAGAUCGUCGGUCCCUUGGUAGAACGGGGAUUGCCCUGGGCCUCGACCUAUGGAAAUCACGAUUAUGAUUUCAAUAUCUCCGGCAAUGCGAUACUCGCCCGCGAGAGAAGAUGGCCCAACUGUCGCACGACGCCAAUGGUAUUUGGCCCAGAUUCCGGUGUGUCUAAUUACUACCUCCCCGUAUAUGACAAUAACUGCGCAGGAGAAGACUGCGUUCCUGAACUGCUGCUUUGGUCCUUCGAUAGUAGGGGAGGCUUUCGAUAUCGAGAAAAGGAUGCAACUGGAGCCCGAGUUGGUAAUCCCGGGUGGGUUGACUUUAGCGUCGUAAACUGGUUUCUGGAGACGAAUGCGGAAUUGGUGAAUAAAUAUAACAAGAUUAUUCCGUCUCUAGCCUUCGUCCAUAUCCCAACUUAUGCGUCAUACGUCCUGCAAAAAGUGGGCGUGGAUCCUCAUAGAGAGCCCGGGAUCAACGAUGACGACCCGUUAGCUCCUCAGGCCCAAGGAUGGUGCGCUGAUGGCCGAAAUGACGGAUCUUGCGAGUACGGCGGGCAGGAUAUUCCAUUCAUGCAGGCUAUCUCAGCGGUUCCUGGCCUGAUGGCACUCUUCUCGGGCCAUGAUCACGGCAACACGUGGUGCUAUAAGUGGGAUAGACUGCUUCCAAAUAUGACAGUGGCGCCGCGAAACGACAUCAACCUCUGUUUUAGCCAACAUUCGGGCUACGGAGGUUAUGGCAACUGGGAACGAGGUGCACGACAAGUCUUCGUCACAAAGUCAAGACUAAAGGAACUAGAGAUCGAUACUUGGAUUCGACUCGAGUCCGGAAAUUUCGUGGGGAGUGUCACGCUGAAUUCAACGUAUGGAGAGGAUCGUUAUCCGGCAACUAAUAAUUCCAAAACGGUCUGUUCCACUUGCGAUUAUACAUCAACGUGAAGGAGAUGAGGAUUUUGUCAGAGUGGUUGUAAGUAAUCGUACGGCACUCCAUGUACAUGGAUGAUGAUGAGGCAUGAAUUAUGAUAUUAUGGGACGAGACAUGUAAUACUGGAU